GUGGCAAACUUCAUACCUUAAGUUUUCUUUUACAGUGCGACCCUAGUUGAAGGAGCCUCGCGUGUUCUUUUAACUACGACAUACGAUGGCGGACGCUAAAAAGAAUGAUGUCGUCACUCCCGGAAAAAAAUUGCCGGCAGUUCCUGAGUCCGUCUUGAAGAGGAGAAAACGCCGCGUUCAAGCUAAAGCUGUCCGCGUCCAAGCCUCCAUCAAGCAACGCGCAGCCCACUACUUGAAGAGGAAGCAAAUCUUCAAACGUGCUGAACAGUAUGUGAAGGAAUACCGCAUGAAGGAGCGGGAUGAAGUAAGAAUGAAGAGACAAGCCAAGAACCGCGGAAAUUACUAUAUUCCGAGUGAAGCUCGCCUAGCCUUUGUAAUCCGUAUUCGGGGUGUGAACCAAAUCGCUCCCAAACCCCGUAAGAUCCUCAAAUUGUUGAGAUUGAAACAAAUUAACAACGCUGUUUUCAUUCGGUUGAACAAAGCAACUAUCAACAUGUUGCGUAUUGUUGAGCCUUACGUCACCUGGGGAUACCCCAACUUGAAAUCAGUUCGCGAAUUGAUCUACAAAAAAGGAUUCGCUAAAAUUGACCGCCAACGUAUCGCUAUCACCAGCAACGAAAUCAUCGAGAAGAAAUUAGGCCGCACCGACAUCAUCUGUGUUGAAGAUUUGAUCCAUGAAAUCUUCACUGUUGGAUCUAAAUUCAAGUAUGCCAGCAACUUUUUGUGGCCAUUCAAGUUAAACACACCAACUGGAGGAUGGCGUAAAAAGACCAACCACUACGUCGAGGGUGGUGACUUCGGUAACCGUGAAGAUAAAAUUAAUGAAUUGAUAAGGCGAAUGGUUUAAAUUUAUAAUAAACAACAAAUAAACUUAUCUUGUUCCUUCA